UAAAUAAAACGAUGAUUCUGUAUGUAUAUGUAAAUGAACAAAAUUCAGGAUGUAUGAUAUAAAUAUUUAUCAGUCCGGUACAUGCGAGUCAAUGCGAGCACAGUGGUAGAACGUUUUAGUGUUAUUAUUCUAACGCCUAUUCGAUGAGCUGGUGUAGUUACGUCUAUAAAAAUGUUUAUUUUAACUUGCUUCUUGUUAUUCGUGGCAACUGAAUGUUCUUAUGUUGUCAUCAACAGCAAGUCGAGUAACGUCACAUUCAGAUACUUCGAUGGUAUUCACGGGGAAAGUGAUUUGCACGAAUGUGAAAUGAACGAAGCGUGUAGUGUGAUUCACAACCGAUUUUGGGCAUCUAGUUUAACAGAAAGACUUUGUCGCUGUCGUAAUGGAAAAGAAUGUCCCUGGCAAUGGACAAAAGAGCUUGGAAAUACCUCUGUUUCGCUUAAUAACAGAUCGCACAUUGAGUUUUGUAUUUCAAUAGCAGAAUUGGAUGCAUGUACACACACGCAAGAAGCGAUAAAAAUUUAUGGGAAAAGCGAUAGAAAUAAUUCUUAUUUGAUACCGCAAAAUGCAACUGUAAAUUGUAUUUGCCCGGAAUCACACUACUGGCGACUUCAGAAAUAUACGUAUGGAAAUAAUGAUCUGAUCACACAAACGUUCAAGUGUGUAAAGAAAAGGAUGUGCUACUCUUAUGAAUUUUGUGGCCAUAUACGAUCUGACUUGUACUCGACAUAUUAUAGAUGCACUUGCCCAGAAAAUCAUUUAUGCAUUUUUAAGGAUAGGGAGAGAGAAAAUGUUCAAGAACUAUUUUAUUCUGGUCCUGCUUACAAGGGCUACUGUCUUCCGUUUUAAGAUAAGUAAUGCACGCUCGUACACGUACCUGCGAGGACUGUUCGCUCAUAGCUUUUAGACUCGGUAACAAUUCGACUUGAAAUCUGUCGGGCCAAAGGACACGAGUAACGAGACCAGCUCUUAGAGCUUCGCUAGCAGUUAAAGUUCUGCCACCUAUUAGUAAUUCACUCGUCU